GGCAGGCAGGCAGGCAGGCAGUGAGAGGACGAAGAAGCAGCCAAGAGUUGGAGCCAGACCAGGAGCCUGAGCCAGAGUUGGGGUGGAGGCUGGAGCAGCAGCAACUGAAGAAGUUGAAAAGAUGUUGGUUGUCUUGGGACUGCUCACCUGCUUCCUUUCUGUGUUGUACGUGACAGCUCCGUCCAUCAGGAAGUUCUUUGCCGGUGGAGUCUGCCAAACAAACAUACAGCUUCCCGGGAAGGUGGUGGUGGUCACUGGCGCUAACACAGGCAUCGGCAAGGAGACAGCCAGGGAGCUCGCUCGCCGAGGAGCUCGAGUGUACAUCGCCUGUCGAGACAUACUGAAGGGGGAGUCUGCUGCCAGUGAAAUCCGAGCGGAUACCAAGAACUCCCAGGUGCUGGUGCGGAAAUUGGACCUCUCUGACACCAAAUCCAUCAGGGCCUUUGCUGAGGGCUUCUUGGCAGAGGAAAAGCAGCUCCAUAUUCUGAUCAACAAUGCGGGGGUGAUGCUGUGUCCGCAGUCCAAGACGGCCGAUGGCUUCGAAACCCACCUGGGCGUCAACCACCUGGGCCACUUCCUUCUCACGCACCUGCUCCUGGAGCGGCUGAAGGAGUCUGCUCCCGCACGGGUGGUGAACCUGGCAUCGGUGGCCCACUAUGUUGGCAAGAUUCGAUUCCAUGACCUUCAGGGUGAGAAGUACUACUGCAGCGUUUCUGCCUAUUGCCAAAGCAAGCUGGCCAAUGUGCUUUUCACUCGUGAGCUGGCUAAGAGGCUCCAAGGCACGAGGGUCACCACGUACGCGGUGCACCCAGGCAUCGUCAGCUCUGAGCUGGUGCGCCACUCCUUCCUGCUGUGCCUGCUCUGGCGCCUCUUCUCCGUCUUUGUCAAGUCGGCGCGGGAGGGGGCGCAGACCAGCCUGCACUGCGCCCUGGCUGAGGGCCUGGAGCCCCUGAGCGGCAAGUACUUCAGUGACUGCAAGAGGACCUGGGUGUCUCCGAGGGCUCGAAAUAACAAAACAGCCCAGCGCCUGUGGAAUGUCAGCUGCGAGCUCCUAGGAAUCCAGUGGGAGUAGCUGGUGGAAGGGCCAUGUCUCUAUCAGGCCCAAUUCGCGUCCUAACGAGAGGGGCCGAGAAGGCCAACUGGCUGGCUGCUGCUCUGGGUCCUGCCCGCUCUGAUCCUCCUCACCUUUCUGGAAACCUUUGUGCGCCCAACGCUCUCAUGAGGCUGACUUGCGGCAUGAGCUAUUCACACAUACAGAGCAUUCUUUGCCAGGAUUUGGAGAAUUGGCAACCCUCUGUGGGCAGCAGGACUGGGAAGAGUCCAGGCUGGGCAUGGGGGUGGCAGAAGAACCUGGGAGAUGGGGUUGAUUUCCUACCACACAUCAGACCAGCCUGAAUGUUCAGCCGAGGCGACAGGAGCAUCAGUAUUAAUAUUUUUAGGGACCGUGGACCCCAGCUCUUGAUGGAUCGCUUCCUUUUGAAUGCCAGACACAACCCUGGAGUCUGGACCAAUGCGGGAAGAUCUUGGCUAGCCCUGGCCACAAGUGGUUCCUUAGUUUGAGUGUCCUGGAGCCACUGUGUGAAGCUAGAUCUGGUCAUGCAAAUGGUUUCUCUCUCUAAGGUUCCCUCUAACU